CCGCCGAGGGGCAGGGCCCCCUCACCCCCGCCCCUUCCUACACUCGGGCCCCGUCGCCCCUCGUGCGCGCGCGCGCGCUCACAGGCGAGCCCAGGCGACAUGCAAAUGAGCCUGGCUCCAGUGCCCAGACCCAAGUCCCUCACUGCUCAAUGGACACCCCCAGCCCAGAACCGUUGCCUUCACCUUUGCCCGAGGAGGAAGAGAAACCUCUGGCCUUACCCUCUGUUCCUGGGGGCCGCCGAGGCCGCCGUCCUGGGGGGGCCACCUCCUCGAAGCCGAAGCUCAAGGCCUCCCUCCCUCGAAAGCGGGGCCGUCCCUCCAGGUCAGGGCAGGAACCCCUGCUGCCCCAGGGGGUGUCGUCCCCGGUGGGCAGUGGUGGGGGCAACGACCUCCUGCUGAUCGAUGACCAGGGUGUGCCCUACACAGUGUCCGAAGGGUCGGCAGCGGGUGGGCCUGAGGGCACCGGCCCCAAGAAGGCCCCUCACUUCUGCCCCGUCUGCCUGCGGGCCUUCUCCUACCUCUCUGACCUGGAACGCCACAGCAUCUCCCACUCAGAGCUGAAGCCCCAUGAGUGCAAGGAUUGCGGCAAGACCUUCAAGCGGUCCAGCCACCUGCGGCGGCACUGCAACAUACAUGCCGGCCUUCGGCCUUACCGCUGCCCGCUCUGCCCCCGCCGCUUCCGCGAGGCGGGCGAGCUGGCCCACCACCACCGCGUCCACUCUGGGGAGCGCCCCUACCAGUGCCCCAUCUGCCGGCUGCGCUUCACCGAGGCCAACACGCUGCGGCGCCAUGCCAAGCGCAAGCACCCCGAAGCCCUGGGGGAACCCCUGUGUCCCCCGGACCCCGGGCCUGAGCUGCCGUGGGACGACGAGAGCAUCCCGGCCACGGCGGGGGCAGAUGAAGAGGGGCCGGAGGAGAAAGAGCCAGCCUGACUCGCAGCCCUGGCCCCCCCUCCCCAGGCCAAGUUUAGAGCUGGUGCUGGGCCUGGGCAGGGGGGCGGGGACACCUUCAUUUCUAAUGGUCUUCCUGCUGUGGGAGGGUGGGGACUUACACUUGUGGGUCCUGCUGCCUUUUGCCACACACCCCCAGACUGACAGGCCCCUGAAGGAAGGGGACUCCGAAAUAAAUCUCUGCCAGCCGGCUUCCUGUGUGUGCUCAGUGAUGGUGCGGGGCUGACCCUUCUCCUCCCUUCAAACUUCCCUC